UCAACUGUCAUAAUUAAGAUUGAUUGAUAAGGCGCGCAGUGGAGGUAGUGAGGGCCCCCAAGCUAUAAAAUGAAGACUAGUGCCCUUUCCCCGGUGCUCACAUCUGAAUAGUCGUUUCACAACAUAAGAUGAGGGUUUCAAGUUUUAUCUGUUUGGUUCUAUUUGUCUAUGCGGCCUGGGCUCGUCCACAUGUGGUCAAGCGAGAGGCAGCAGAAAAUGGAAUCCAGGCUCCUCAAAAACUGGCUCGCUCAUCUACAAACCUUGUAGAAGACACAACAGCUCCCAAACAAGACACCACAGCUCCCAAACAAGACACCACAGCUCCCAAACAGGAGUCUGUAGCUCCAACACAGGAAUUGACAACUCCUUCCCAAGAUUCCCCUGUCUCCUCACCACAGCCGGCUGUCUUGCAAACAGAAGACAAGGGAGUCCCUUCUGCUGAUGUCGUCACAGAUUCACCUAAAGAUGACAAACAGGAAGUUCCUCAAGGUAUGUCACGUGAGCAGUAUGAGCAGAUGAUGAUGGCUAGACAACAACAGGAUCUCUUCGCCCAGCGUCAACAGCAAAUGAUAUUCAGACAACAGGAAGCCCUCCGCCAGCAGGAAUCUCUGAUGCAGCAGAUCGCAGCUCAGCAAGCGCAAGUUGCAGCCCAGGAGCAGUACGUCCGUUCGGCCAUCGCUCGCCAGCAGAAACUGCACUACGCCCAACAGCGUCAGGCAGCACAGCAGCGUGAAGCUCAGCUUCAGGCAGCUCAACAGCAAGCAGCAGAACAGCAGGCCGCUCAGCAGCUGUCUAGGGAGCAAUACGAACGAAUGAUGCAGAGUCAGCAGCAAGGAAUGAGACAGCCAGCUCAGGAUCAGCCUCAGGUGCAGGGUGACUUGAUGAACGGCCAGCAGCAGCAGGUACCACAGCCCCACGCCCUAACUCGUGAGCAGUACGCACAGAUGAUGAUUUCUAGACAGCAACAGUUGAGACAGCAACCUCAAGUUUCCUCCCGAGAGGAAUACGAGCAGAUUCCUGAUCAACAACAGCCAGUGCCCCAAUAUCAGGGCGUGGGCCGAGGACAGUAUGAGCCAAUGAUCUCCCAACAGCCAAUGCCCCAAUCUCAAGAAAUGAGCGGAGAGCAGUACGAACAGCUGAAUACAAGACAGCAGUAUGAACAGAUGGUCAACUCCCAACAGCAAGGAUGGAGACAAUCUUCACAACAUCCAGGCCGCGAGCAGUACCAACAAAUGAUGCAGGAGCGGGAAGAAGCUUUGAGACAACAGCAACAGCAGCAACAACAACAACAACAGCAGCAGCAACAACCAGUUCCAACACGUGAGCAACUCCUCCAAGCUAGACAGCAACAGCUACUUCUCGCUCAGCGCCAACAGCAACAAAUUCUCUUGGCCCGCCAGCAGGAACAGAUGUUGCAGGCACAGAAACAACAGCAGCAAACUGCAUACCCCGCCAGAGGAGACGACGAAUCUGCAGUGCAGAACAAGCGUGGGCAAUAUGAAGCCGCCCCAGUGCCAGUCCAACAGGAGCAGCCCAGUGAAGAGAACAUCAACUCUUACCUCCAGAGAACAAGAAACUUCGAGGAGGACGCCCUGGCAAUGCAACAAAUGCGCGGUCUUCCACUGCCCACACCUCAGGAUCAGAGAAGUCAAUCUAACCAAGAGCCAAGAAUGAACGAAUAUGAUUCCAGACCCACAGAGGACCCAAGAAUGAUGCAAGGACAGUCAGCCAAUCAGCCAACUAUCAACACCAGGGGGCCAGUUGUUCUGCCAGUGCCAGUGAUGGAGAACAUAAUGCUUAUGGAGACACGUCUGCGAGAAUUCAGAGAAGCUGCUAUCAAGAGUUUCUACUUGGACCUAGCCAGAUACCAAGAAGUGGGCCAGUAUUUCCGCACCCAGUUGCUAAACAAAUUGCGACUGAUCCAAGAAAUUGAGAACCAGCUUGCUGCCCCACUUCGCAACGCCCUGGCCGAGCAAGUGACUACCCCUCGCUUGAACAUCCCGCUUCAUUUCCCGUCUCCUGCCAUGGUCAACAAAAUUCGUGGACUAAAGACACCUUCACAGAAUGAAGAGUAACAAGGCCAAGAAUGUUUUUUUAUCUUCAGAAAAAUUGUUUAGAAGUUACUUCUCUUGCUAAUUAAAAAAAAAGUGUGUCAGUAAAGCUAGA